AUGGAGCCGUUCAAGACCCAUGGCGCCAUUUUGCCUCAACAGGAGCUAACCCAAUCUGUUGAGCGAUGUCCAUCUGGGCCCCGACCGGAGGACUUAAUACAAGAGGGAAAUGAGGGCGCCAACCCUCAUUCUGGUUGGCGAGUGGCAAGCGAUGCUAUGGAUCACGCCAUAGCCGGAACUUCUUAUUCUCUGGAAGUGUUCGCAAAUACGCGAAGAGAACUGGAUGACAACAGGGGAACCAGUGGAAGAUCCUCUCAGCAAGACAACAGUGGUGAAGGCGGAAGAUCGGACACAUCAGUAACACUAACUCGACUAGAAGUUUACAAACUCCUAAUUAAGGAAAGCAAACAAAUUAAUAGUAAAUGGCGACCUUUGGAUUUACCGGUACCCGAUCGAUGUGCAGCUGUUUUAAAAGCCCUUGGUGAAGGAUAUGAACCGUCAAUGUCAAAUAAAGAGCUAACACGAGCUAUUGCUCUGCUUAUUACUAAAUGCGAUGCCAUUUAUAAGAAAAAUCACUACAAAAUGAAUUUAUUUGAAAACGACAAAAAAACGAUAGAAAUCGAAGCUAAUUUGGCUGAAGAGCCUAAGGCAAAAAAAAUCAAGGCAUUUGUACAAUCAAUGUCUGGCUCCGAUGAAAGUACAAAAAUGUCGACUAAAGUUGCGAAGGACUUCGAAUUCGUAAUUGAUCAGUGCUUGCAAUCAGGAUCAACUACCAUUGCGAACAAGAUUCGGCAACCUUCACCUCAGCCCUAUUCACCACAAGAAGCUUUGGCUAUAUUGGAAAAGCUUUUAGUGGAAUCGCUUGACGCUGCAUCUCUCCUAGCAUUUAAAGGUCGCUGUCUUGCAGGAGACAGUGCAAGAAAUUUGUUGUCAGCUGUUAUUGCAAAGGCAAUACUUAAUGAAAACAAAAAUUCACCAAUUAGUGGUGCUAUUUAUUACAAAUGGGCUAACUACAUUAAAGAGCUCUUUCCUGCAGAGAGAACAACCACAUAUUAUAUCCCAGCGUGCACUACAGCAAAUGGUAUUGUCCUGCAAGCGAAGGGUAAACUUGUAAAUCAAGUACUAAAAAAGCGAAGACACCUACAGAAUUUGGGAGCUUUACCAAUGGUCAAUAGGAAACGUAGUAGAGAAGAGAGCCCUACAUAUACCGAAUCAAACCCGUCUCCAAGGCCCAUACCAGAUAUUUUCAUAGGCGAAGAGGAUAAUGAAGAGGAUAUAAAAGAUGAUAUACUCUGGCUUGAAAACUCUGCUGAUCCUUGGUAUUUGGUUGAGGAAAAGUGGCAAAGGACUCAAAAAAUAAGAGCCCACUUCUUGUAUGGAUCAAACGAUGCAUCAAUUGAAACAUACUUUGGAAAGUACUUGGCACUAAGACAACCACAUGGAUAUUCUUUGGUAAAUAAUAAUAUAGUAUUUUAAUGUUUUUAUAUUUAUUGAUUUACUUGUUUAAACCAUAUAUCUAUUUUAGUGAUAGCCAUGAUGUGCAUUUUCUAAUCUACACUGUACAUACAUAUUAACAUUAAUUAUUUCUUAAAUUGAGAAAUUAUAUGUAUUUUCCUUAAAUUUCUCUAGUCCUUCCUCUUUAUUCCAUAAACUCGCUCUAUAAAACAAAAAAAAUCUGUCAAGUGCUUUUGCAUUAUACAUAAUAGGUAUUAUGACUAAAACUAUUUUACGGGAUUACCUACUUGUAAUACAGAUUUUAGAGAUAAAAUUGCCUAAAUUGUAGAUUGUCUGUUAAUGGUAAUUAAUCUUUUUUUUGUACAUUAUGCAAAGAAUAUAAUUAUUAUGUAUGUACUUAUCUAAUGUUAGCUUUGAUAUUUUUCAGCUUCUUCAAGAUUUUAACACUGUGCAUGAAACUUAUAAGGACUUUAUUCAUUAAUUUUCCAUUAAAGAAAAUUAAACUUCAGGAAAUUUUAAAACAAAAAAAGGCAACAAACGCUUUUUAUCAAGAACUUAUGACAUUGGCCAAUUGUAAGUUCCGUUUAACAUUACUUAUGUAAAAUAUUCUUAGGUUUACACAUGUUUCACUAAUUAUUAAUACAUAUAAUAAAACAGUAAUCUAAUAUAGAGCCAUUGUAAAAAUAAAACAAAUCAACAUAUUUUUUUUGUCUGUCCGUUUAUCUAUCUGUUUGUACAGAAAAAUUGUUUUACGGAAUUACUGGACGGCUUUGAAUGAAACUUUUUUGUUGUAGCUAUUA